UUGUUCUGAGAUCUUUUGGGACAGAUCCCAGUAAGAAUAGGAAAAUAAGAAAAGUCAUGUUUUGAGUCUACCACCAACUAAAAACAAACGGAGAUGUUGAGAAGGGAAAUUCGUUACAUGAAAAGGAGAUUCAGCAUACACGUAUUGUUUCCUAGUCUUUAAAAUCCGUCAUUAGUUUCCACAUCGGAACCCACUGUGCAUGUAAACAGAUAUGUCUUUUGAGAAGUCCCCCAUGCAGGCGGUGAGCCACCCUGUACAGAAAUAUCCCAUUAAAAGACUGGAACCAUCAGUAUCCAAGUUUCUCAAGGUUCUUGAGAUAGACUUGGACAGACUGCAGAGACACAGGCUGAAUAUGGAGAAGCUGCUUUCACAGGAGAACUGGAAAGGCCUGAACAAGGAACAGAUCAAUGCCUCCCGCACCAUCCAACAGAUAAAGGCUAACAUUCGGGAGAUUGAGAAGGCCCGCGGGCAGAUAGUGGAGGAGGACCUGGCCAAAUUUGAUGACAAGGUGGAGUGCAUGAAGGAGAAGGCUGUCCAGUCCAUAAAGGCCUUUGUUACUGAAACUCUCCCAACCAACUCAGAUUCCUGCAGCUCCUCGCCCACCACACCCUCCUGCCCUAGCGCUGACAUUACCUCCACCAGUCUUCCCUCAUCACUUGGCAACCACCAGGUCCAGCUUCAUGUCGUCCCCCACAACACAGAGGCAGCAGCAUCAUGGGAGAACCUACAGGAGAACCUGGUAGAGCUGAAUGAGAUGAUCCAUGAAUUUGCUUCAAUGGUCGAUCACCAGGGGGAUCAGUUGGACCACAUAGAAGACAACAUCGACAAGGCGCAGCAUGAUGUCAAUGCAGGAGCCCUUAGUCUUGGGAAGGCAGCCAAGUACAAGGCGGUCAUCUUUCCUGUAGUAGGGGCUGUAAUAGGAGGGGUGGUGGCAGGACCCGUUGGAGCGAUUGCUGCCGCCAAGCUUGGUGGAGUUGUAGGGGUAGCAGCAGGCGGAGUGGCAGGUCAUUCCCAGGUGUACAGAAGGCCAAGCAUAAGAAGGCUUCAGGCUUUCACGAGGCAAAUCAAGGAAUUUUCACCGACCAUACAACAACUCAAGAAGACGUUCCGGGAGAGGUCGCUCAUCAGGAGGCUCCUGCUCCUCGGGUCAGUGAAGAUCAGGUUCGGACCAACUGGGUCGUCCCUCACAGUUGUGGGACGUCUAGGCUACUACUGGGAAAAUUGGAGAAUCCUACAAGAUGACUAUGUUCUACAGGUGUUACGUGAAGGCUACGAGAUUCAGCUCAAGGCGACACCACCUCUCACGUCACACCACAGGACAGGUGGACCAAAAUUCAGCGUCUGGUUCCGCUUAGCCUUGAUCACCCCAGAACUCUCGCCAGUGGCAAGAGUUGCUAGGCGUCUUAACGUCAGCUCAGGCUCUGACUUACAGAGGUCAACUGCAGCCGCCCACUUCAGUUAUUUCUGCGCCCUCAUCUUCAAAACCAACAACCCUCAGGUGUUGAUUAGGUUACCCAGGGAACUACGCCCAAUUCCUCGUUGGUGGCUCAAGCGUACAGAAUGUUUGCCCGGCGUCUCUUUGGUGCCAUUCAGUCCAACCCAUCAGUUGUUUGUGGGCGCCUCUCUAGAAGGUUAA